GGCGAGCUGAUGCCCACCUCCGGCAAUGCGUACAUCAAGAAGGGCCAGUUUGCGCUGACGGAGGACAUGCAGCAGUUUCAGAAGUGCAUCGGCCUCUGUCCGCAGUUUGACGCACUCNGGUCAGGUGAGCUGAUGCCCACCUCCGGCAAUGCGUACAUCAAGAAGGGCCAGUUUGCGCUGACGGAGGACAUGCAGCAGUUUCAGAAGUGCAUCGGCCUCUGUCCGCAGUUUGACGCACUCUCGCCACAACUGAGCGGCGAGGAGAUGCUCUACCUUUUUGGCCGCCUGCGCGGCGUGCCCAAGGCCAGCCUGGCCCGCGACGUGGAGAACCUGGUGAAGAUGGUCGGCCUGGAGAAGCACUACGCCAACGUCUCGGAGACGUACUCGGGCGGCAACCGCCGCAAGCUCAGCCUGGCCAUUGCCCUCAUCGGCAGUCCCAGUCUGAUCUUCCUCGAUGAGCCGAGCGCCGGCGUCGACCCGGCCGCCCGGCGGAAGAUCUGGCAGGCGCUGGGCUAUGUAAAACGUAGUCUCAAGAGCUCAGUCGUGCUUACCUCUCAUUCAAUGGAAGAGUGCGAGGCCCUCUGCUCCCGAAUCGCCAUCAUGGUCAACGGCAAAUUCCGCUGUCUGGGCAGCACGCAGCACCUGCGCAGCAAAUACGGCCAGGGCUACAGCGUGGCGAUUCGCCUGAAGCGCGAGCACGAAUCGGACACGGUGUACUUCACCGAGAUCCAGGUGGCCAUGGGCCGGGUGCUGCCCUCGGCCGUCCUCAAGGACUGCCACCAGUGUCUGCUGCACUACCACAUCACCGACACCGCCCAGACGUGGUCAAACAUCUUCACGCAGAUGAACGCCCUCAAUGAGACCUUCCACUUUGAGGACUACUUUGUCAGCGACACGACGCUCGAGGCAAUUUUCAUCAUGUUUGCCCGUCACCAGCAAACUCAAGCCGUCUAA